AUGAUAUGUAUUGUGACCUUUCUCGUGUUUCUUUUUGGUGUAACUAUAGCGAAUGCCAACGAUGAUUUGCAUUAUGCAUGUACCUGCUUUGAUGAUGACCUUCAAUGUAACCGCUCGGACAAGGCUUCUCGCAUUCCUCCAGCGCUCCUUAAUAGUACCCAUGCAGACGUGAAUGGUCUUCCGAGAAUGAAGUCCCAUCGAUCCUGGGCAGCGUAG